CAGAUCGUGGCUUGGAUAAGCGAUGAAGGAUAUCUUUCGAUUGCAAUGCGUUUGCCUCAUCCUACAAGGGCUUCUGAUUGGACAGCAAGGCGCGCGUGUGCAAUCUAAACCGUGGCAUGCAUCAAUCGACACAACCAGGCAGGAAUACUGCCGCGCCAUUUGGUGGAAGUUUGUGAGACAAUGUCCAGCCAACGUACCAAUUCAAAACGAAGAAUUCAUCAAGAAAAUACCAUGGAGACCCGAUGGAACUCAUGCAGCCUGAUACCAUCAAAACGUUCCUGAAUCAACAAUGCAUAAACUAUGAUAGAAUAAACUUGUACGACAAGUUGCUUCUUUUCUUACUUGUAGUCACCAUUUAUCUGGGCUUAAAAAGAGCACACGCAUGUCCUCUUCGCUACCGACUGCACAUCUA